CCGAGAACGGAAGCGGAAAUUCGGCCAUCUCCUCGUACAUUCAAGCUACAACAGGUUUUCAUCUCCCUACGCCCGAGGUUUUGGGACCCAAUGUUGUCACGGGAAGAAAGAGACAAACUGAGACAUAGCACUCUGUGAAUGAGUGGCUCACAAGCCAGAACAACAAAACAAAGCAACAGGAGAGACCCUUAUUCUGCAUCAUUCUUGUGUAACAGUUCAGAUUGCAACAGGACUCGACGGCCAGACCGUUGCCAUGUCGACCUCAUCGCUACGGCGACAAGUAAAGAACAUCGUCCACAACUAUUCAGAGGCUGAAAUCAAGGUUGUGUGUCUUUCUGCUUAUCUGAUCGUCUUCUUCUUUCUCACACCCACAUCCCACAUAUGUCCAUUGCUGAAAUGUAGGCUAAUCUGUUUAUCUCUACAGCACAUGUGAGCAAAGCAACAUGCGCCCUCUUUCCACUUAUUAUUCAUAAUAUUAGCUAACCUAAUCAUAUAUCCGUUCAUUAGUUUGCCUCUUUCCGGCUUGUAACGUGACUGAGUUUGUAUUGAUACUGGGAACACUGUGGACCAUUGUCACAUAUCAUCACAAAGCAUUCGCUCAAAAUGAUUCUUAUCACGACAGUUCGGAUGGAGGAUAGUUGGAAGUUUGUCCCUUGCUGUUUUGCUGUGCUGCAGGUUAGAGAGGCAACGUCCAAUGACCCCUGGGGCCCCAGCAGCUCUCUGAUGUCAGAGAUUGCUGACCUGACCUACAAUGUUGUGGCCUUCUCGGAAAUCAUGAGCAUGGUGUGGAAGCGCCUCAAUGACCACGGCAAGAACUGGAGACAUGUGUACAAGGCUAUGACUCUUAUGGAGUACCUGAUCAAGACGGGUUCAGAACGUGUCGCCCAACAGUGCCGAGAGAACAUAUACGCAGUCCAGACCCUCAAGGAUUUCCAGUACAUAGACAGAGACGGAAAAGACCAGGGGGUAAAUGUUAGAGAGAAAGCCAAACAGCUGGUGACACUGCUGAAAGAUGAAGAGAGACUAAGAGAGGAGAGGAUCCACGCCCUCAAAACCAAAGAAAAGAUGGCACAAACCUCCAGUGGUGAGAUUGCCUCCUCAGCUCCCUCAGCACCCAGCCUGGGGGGCAGCCUGUCAGUGGGCUCCCACUCUGGGGGGGCAGACCCUGAGCAGGCUUGGCCCCAGAGCACUGGAGAGGAAGAUCUGCAACUCCAGUUGGCUCUGGCCAUGAGUAAAGAAGAGGCAGAGCAGACUAACAAGGACCCUCUGGAGGACGCAGAGCUUCGCUAUGCUAUCACACUCAGCAAAGAGGCUUCACAAAAGGAAGAGCGACUGCGCAGAGGAGACGACCUGAGACUGCAGAUGGCCCUUGAGGAGAGCAGAAGGGAAAAGACGAAGCCUGAGGAGGGCUCUCUGAUGGAGCUGAGUGCCGUUGACCCUUGGGGGGCCGCGGGUGCUGCCGCCCCUGUGGGCUCUGCAGGCUCCUCCCCUCCACCCUCGAUUCCUGCACCUGCUGCCUCAGGUCCGUGGGGCGCUGCUGCUCCUGCAGACCCUUGGGGGGUUACGUCACCCACAUCCCCUACAAGCUCUGACCCCUGGGGUGGGGGAGCUCCACCUAAUAUAGCCCCUCCCCCAGACCCCUGGGGAGAGACGUCCAACAGAGUUAACAACGUGGACCCCUGGGCCAGCUCAGCUGUGACCCCCCCAAGUGCCGACCCCUGGGGCCCCCCGGUGCCACUCAGCACAUCCUCCUCGGGGGGGCCCGUAGACCCCUGGGCAGGGGAAGGGGCUCUCCCUGCCUCUGACCUUAUAACCUCCGACAUCUGGAGUGGCACCGCCAAACACACAAACGGCACAGGAGACCCGGAGCGACGAGGGUCCCCGGCAACAGGCUGUGACAGUACAGGCUCCCCGGUGCCCUUUGACCUGUCAUCUCUUGGGUCUUCACUUCCUGUUCGUAAGACUCCCGAGUCCUUCCUCGGCCCCAACGCAGCACUGGUGGAUCUCGAUUCUCUGGUUUCAUCUAAACCCAAACCCAAACAGCCGCCGCCCCCUUCCAUCUCUUCCUCUUCAGCACAUAACCCCUUCCUCCAGAACACAGGCUCAUCUCCUGCUCCUGGCAUGGCAGUGACUCCAGGCAGCACCAUUUCCAGUCGGGGGGUUUCUCCAAUACCUGCCUCCUCCAACCCCUUUGGCGUGGCUCCCCCCAUGAGCUCCAUCUCACCUCAGCCCUCCUCACUUGGUCUGAGCCUCCGCUCCAGCCCCGUGCCUCCCAACCCCAUGCUGAGCAUGGUGCAGCCAGGAAUGGGCAUGGGGCCAAUGAGUAUGGGUAUGGGGGGUCCAGGGAUGGGCCUGGGCAUGAUGCAGGCCAGCCCCAUGGGCAUGCCCUUCAGCAGCCUCUCGCCUAUGGCACCCCCAGGCUCGGUUUUGAUGGGGCACGGAGGCGCACCACCUCCUCAGCUGAUUUUGGGUGGGCCAAGUGGAUCCGGAGUGAUGGGGGCAGGAGGAUCAGUGGGAGGCGGAGGAACGACGGGAGCGAGCACCAACCCUUUCCUUCUUUGAGGAAGUGUCACCACUACUGUGCUCACCAGUUUCAACCUCCCCUGUCGUACCUGCUGCCCCCUUCAUUCACCCCCCCCAACACAGUUUGUGUCCAAAAAGAAAAAUGUGUACAUCUCUAUAUUUAAAGAAAAAAACUAAAAAUUUAAAAAUUAUGUUUAUCUUUUCCUUCAAAAGCAUUAUUUCAUUUCAGAAUAAUUUUCCACAUUUAGUUCCUUUCAUUUCAGUAUGGGUUGUUUGUGGGCGGGAAAUAGAGAUCUAUUUAUUUUUGUUUUAAUCCUGUUCUGUACCGUUCUUCAUGUUGUGUUAUUUUCAGUCCUGUCUUGAGAUGAAGGUAAGUCUGUGAGAGCAGAAGGCUUUUUCAGUAGUAUCACUCUGUUGUCAUAUUACUGCACUGAGAGAAAGCUGGGGGGGCGGGGGCAGACAUAGCCACUAACAAACUGAACAGAGAAACUGUCGUACUGCCUCUUCCUCUUCUCUCUCUAGAAUGACGUUAAACACUGAAUCACUGAAAUGAAAAAUGUGCAUGAAGGAUGAUUUUUAAUGAACAGGCUGAAAAACCUGGAUUAGCAUUUCAAUCACAGUGUGGUCAAAUUGUUUCAACUCUUUCACUUUUAAUUUAAUUUAAUAUUAAAUAUAAUUUAUUUUGUUUCCGAUUUUUGGGAACAAAUAAACAAGAAAAUCACAUGGUGAUGCCAUUUAAAUCAAAUGCUUAUUUUUCCCUUCAUAUUAUUGGAGAAAACUAAAGAGUGCUCUGACUUCUGUGGUCUGAGGGGCGAAAUGAUGGGAUGUUUGUUGAAUGUGUGUGUUUGUAGCAAGGUGUGAAUGAGAAUAUGAAUGCUCAUUUGUGAGUAUGCAAUAGUGCAAAUGACUGUUUCUGUGUAUGUGUCAAUAUCUGUCUCCAUUCUUAUUUCAGUGACUCGGAAAGCAAGAAAUGACAUCCAUUAUUUUUGUUUUAAAAAAUUGUCACUUGUAUUAAUACUGUGUAAUGUUGGGAUUUCAAAUGAGGUAUCAUAAGGGUCACACAUUUCUCUGCCAAUCAUAUUUCACUCUUUAUUUUUUGUCAAUCAGAAGCAUUAGUUUUUUCCAAUCACACAUUUCAUAUGGGACCCCUGGUGUCCAGGUGUCCCAGAGCUACACUGUCCACCCGUUUCAUCCCUGUCCUUCGGAGAGGGAGAGUUCUGAUGCUUCUUUUAAAAAAAAAAGACAAUUAUUUCAAUGAAUGAAAGAAAAAACUUGGACUUGACGACAUGCUCCAUGCUGUUCUUUUAAUUUAGUUUGAUGAAUUGUUAUUUUAUAUCAACAAGAAAAUAUCUUUUAUUGGGUAAGGUUGACUUUUGUGUGGUGAUGACUGUGAACAUUCACAUUUGAAAAGUAAAAUGGAAAAAAAAUCAAAAGGAAUUUACGAAAUAAAACAAAAACACUUUAUGUGUUUGGCUUGUUU